GCUUGCCAUUCAGUGUGUGUUGGUUCUAGUUCAUUUCAGUUCAUGAGCAACAUAUUUUGUUCGUCAUUUAAUUUUUGUUUUUUUAAUAUGGCUGAUACAAAGGGCUUUUCCAGCAUUGAGACACCCGGCUAUGUGGGCUUCGCCAAUCUGCCGAAUCAAGUGCAUCGCAAGUCCGUUAAGAAGGGCUUCGAGUUUACGCUGAUGGUCGUCGGCGAAUCGGGUCUGGGCAAAUCGACGCUGGUGAACAGUUUAUUUCUGACCGAUUUGUAUCCGGAACGCAUCAUACCCGAUGCCAUAGAGAAACAAAAGCAAACGGUCAAACUGGAGGCAUCCACCGUGGAGAUUGAGGAGCGCGGCGUCAAGCUGCGCCUAACUGUUGUGGAUACGCCCGGUUUCGGUGAUGCCAUCGAUAAUUCAAAUAGCUUUAGCGCCAUACUGGAGUACAUUGAUGAGCAAUACGAGCGCUUCCUCCAGGACGAGAGCGGACUGAAUCGUCGCAAUAUCGUGGACAAUCGCAUACAUUGUUGCUUCUACUUUAUAUCACCAUUCGGACAUGGACUGAAACCCUUGGACGUGGAGUUCAUGAAGAAGCUGCACUCGAAGGUGAACAUUGUGCCCGUUAUAGCCAAGGCGGAUUGUCUGACGAAAAAGGAGAUAUUGCGCUUGAAAUGCCGCAUUAUGCAGGAGAUUGAGAGCCAUGGCAUCAAAAUCUAUCCACUGCCCGACUGUGAUUCAGAUGAGGACGAAGACUACAAGGAGCAAGUGAAGCAACUUAAAGAAGCUGUGCCUUUUGCCGUCUGCGGCGCCAAUACCCUGCUCGAGGUCAAAGGCAAAAAGGUGCGCGGCCGCCUCUAUCCCUGGGGCGUAGUUGAGGUCGAAAAUCCCGAUCAUUGUGAUUUUAUCAAGCUGCGCACCAUGCUGAUCACACAUAUGCAGGAUCUGCAGGAGGUCACACAGGAGGUGCACUACGAGAACUAUCGUUCCGAUCGCCUGGCCAAGGGCAUUAAAGGCAAGGAGAACGGCAUCAAAUCGGAGCGCGGAGACAAUAACGGAACCGCACAGGUGGGCGUCAAUAGUGUGCUCAACGAGAAGGAUCGCAUACUGCAGGAGAAGGAGGCGGAGCUGCGACGCAUGCAGGAGAUGCUCGCCCAGAUGCAGGCGCGCAUGCAGGCACAAAAGUGAACAAACAUCUACGGGCUCGGGCGGCAGGUUGGCGGCAGUUAGCGCACGUUUGUGCAAUUUACAUAUAUAUACACCUAUAUAUAUACAACUAUAUAUAUAUAUAUAGAUAGAUAUAUAGACGUAUAUAUAUAUAUAUAUAUAUAUUGUACGCAGUUUUUAAGUUAAGUUCACGAUGGGCGCUAAAUUAUCUGUUUAUUUUUGCACUCUAAACACACACACACACAAACACACACUCGUGUAUAUACAUAUACACAUAUAUGCACGUGUGUGUAACUAUAUAUGUAUGCGUACAUAUUUAGCUAGUGAUUUUUUAUACUCUAACUGUAAUUGCAAGUCAAAGAACGAAAAUCAAAUCUCAAGGCAUCAGAACAACACACACACACACACACACACACACACAACAGACAUACAAACUCACACAUAUAAACACACGCACACACACAUAUGCAGACACUCGCACUCCCCCGCACACACACACACAUAAACUUCAUAUCACUCCUAAGAAAUGAAAAUGAAUAACGAACUGUAUUCCUAUUAUGUAUUUAGACAUGACGUCUUCGAUAUUAACAAUUGAAUUAUGUGUAAUUUUUUUUUAUACUUUUAUUGUAUUUGUAUUUGUACUUGUACCGCAUUUAAGUUAAGCUUAAAAACAAAAAAACAAACCAAUUCUGCCGAUGUUAAACCAUUUUAUCUGUUUAUUAGUCUCUCAAAGAAAAACGAAAGAAAAAACGAAAAGCAAGCAAAAAGUUAAGGAAAAGCGAUUUGUCGAUCGCCUCCAACUCGUGUUAUAUUAAGCCUUUGUAAUUAUCAUUUAGAAAGUGCGUAAAUGUUUAAAUAAUAACUAAAGCUAAGUAAUUGAGUUGAGCGUUAAGCUAUUGCAGCUAUUUCUAUAUAUAUAUA